AGCGCCCACCCUGCCCAGUCGUACUCUGAUACCCAGUGUGUUCUGGCGGAGGACGGACGACGAUUUCGGAGUAACUGUGCCAAUCAGUCGUCGCAACCAUGAAGGCGCCGAUGCUUGUGGUGCUGCUUUUGGCAGUCGCCUUGACUGUCACUCACGCUAAGAAGGCAAGCAGCGACCUCCACAAGAAGCACAUCGCUGCCAUCGAGGAGAAGCUCGAGCAGCUGAUGGAGAUGGAGGCAGAGCUCGAAAGUGAGAUUGCAGAGGAAGAGGCAUCCUAUGACGAAGAAACGGAAGACGCACAAACCGAGGAAGAAGGAGUCGAAGAGGAGCCCCAAGAAGAUGAGGAGGAAGAAGAGGAAGAGGAGGAAGAGGAUUACAUGCCUCAGUACGAACCCACGGAGGAGUACGAUCCACCUCAAGAUCCCUGCAAAGAGAUGUUCUGCGGCGCCGGCAGGAGCUGCGUAGCAACACCUCAAGGGGAAGCAGAGUGCGAGUGCGUGAAGGAGUGCGAGCCAGAACAGGACAAUCGCAGGAAGGUGUGCAGCAACCACAACGAGACAUGGGAGUCCGACUGCGAGAUGUACCGCCAGCGCUGCCUGUGCGAGGACGAGGAACCGGGCUGCAAGAAGGAGGAAUACGCCCAUGUCCACAUCGACUAUUACGGAGAGUGCCAGGAUCUUCCGGAAUGCGAGAUCUCCGAGCUCGAGGACUUCCCCCGCAGGAUGAACGAAUGGCUGUUCAACAUCAUGCGCGACAUGGCUGACCGUCAGAUCCUCAGCGAGCACUACCUCCAGCUGGAGAAAGAAGCCGAGGACAACCCCACCAAGCGAUGGACCAACGCCGUCGUCUGGAAGUGGUGUGAACUCGACGCUCAUCCCAGGGACAGGGCUGUGUCGCGUCAUGAGCUGUUCCCCAUCCGUGCUCCUCUCGUCGCCCUUGAGCAUUGCAUCGGGACCUUCCUGGAUUCCUGCGACCCUGAUGAUGAUCACUACAUCACCCUCAAGGAAUGGGCCAAGUGCACACAUCUGACAGAGGAGCAUCUCAAUGAGCUGGAGGAUAUGUGCGAGGAAAUCCGUGAGCAGUAAAGGCAACUUGGAAAUAAGUGAUCACUAACACCCAAUAUAAAGGUUCCAAGACCGUAUAUAGAUAUGCUAGACCCUUUAUUGUGUUGAAUCUAGUAAAUUAGACAUGUCAAUUGUUUAUCUCUCACCUGCUAUUAGAAAAUGCAGUGAUGCCAUACUUGUGUCCCAAUUUUAGCUUUACAAAACUAAAAUUCUGGUCAGUAUGAUACUUAAGAUUAACUACAAAGCACACAAGGAGGCUGCAAAAAGUUCUAUCUCUUUUCUAGCAAUAAUAUAACCUGUUCCUCUCUUUUUUUGUUAUUUUAACUUUACAUUAAGAAUUAGGAUAAAUUUAAUGCAUCUCCAACAGCAGACAUGAUGUAAGGAAAGUAUAAGGAACGUAACUGAUUUUCCUGGAUUUAGAAAUGUAAAAGUUUUGAACCACACUGCCAAUUGCUUUAUGAUUUUUUUUAUUUCAUAGUUAUCAUGUAAUUAUUAAGUCAUUAUGGUGCUUUAUGUAAUCAGGUGCUAUAUCCAUUAGUGUACUUUUCCCCGCAUUUUUCGUCAGUGAUUGUUCAAAGUGUUGAUUGUGACAAAUUGUUAUGAAAGCAAAAUUAAUAAACAGGCAUUUUUUUCUAA